CUUAUGUCCCGCAGAGGAACAUGCAGUCGGCCUCGAUGGCGUGGAACAGUUUCAUCCCGCUGCCGCCGCCCGGUAGCAGGAGCCACGCGGGGCACGCCGGGUUGCCGGCCCACGGGGGUCACCACCACGCGGGGCCGGGGGCCGCGGCCCACCCGGUGACCGUGGCCCAGCAGCAGCAGCGCGAGCGGGAGGAGCGGGAGGCGCGGGAGCGGGAGAGGGACGCCGCCGCGAGGGAGCGCGAGCGAGAGCAGCGAGAGCGGGAGAGAGAGCACCUCGCGGCGGCGGAGCGACUGCACCGACAGGCCGAGGCGAGGGACCACGCGGUGGCCCAGCAGCGGGCCGCCUACUACGCGGCGACGGCCCCACCCACUGCCCAGCAGGUGUCGCGACCGUCCAGCGUGCCGGGGAAGGUGGAGUACCCGCCCCCGCCGGCGCACUCGAGAACGUCGAAGUCGUCCCUGGCGGUGAGCGGGCACCACGAGAAGUCGGCGUCGUCGGUGGUGGGUCCGCAGCACAGUAGCCUGCCGAAAGCCGAGCCGAACGUGAGCCUGUUCAGCUACUCGACGUACCAGCCGCAGCCCUCGUACAUGCACGACAUCAAGGUGAAGGGGGAUCUGCAGCACAAGCAGCAGCAGCAGCUGUCCAACAAGAGCAUGUCGAGCCUCGAGAGGGACCACCACGGCCGGGACAUGCUGUCGAGCGCGCCCUCGUCGAUGAUGUCGGACCACAAGAGCUCGGUGAUCGUGAAGAACGAGGGCAGGGACCUGCCGAAGGCCCCGCCGGCGCCCCACUCCUCCAGUCCAAAGAUGAUACCCUACCUGAACGUCCAGUCGGUGGCGGCGCCGCCGCCGCCCCAGCACAAGCCCCCCGCGGCCUACGAGUACCGGAGUCCUACGCAGAGUCCGCACCACCUGCACCACCUGGACGGGCUGCAGGCCGCGAAGGGUCUCCCGCAGGGCCACCACCGACCGACGGGGGGCCAGCUGCCGACGAGUCACGGGCACCCGACGCAUCCGCACAACCGACAGUCGCCGCAUCCGCAGCAUCCGCACCAGCCGCCCCACCCGGCGCCCGCGGAGUCGCGCUAUCUGAGCCGGUCUGAGCCCGGGCUGCCCUACGCCACCCCCAAGUCCUCGUACCCCUACCCUCACCCCCCGACUGCCUCGCCCACCGCCCACUACACCACCCCGAGUCCGGGGUCCAAGCCGAAGGUGAGCAGUCCGGCGCCGCCGCACAUAUACGGGAAGCCCAACAGCGGCAUCAUGACCGGGACCCCGGUGUGCCGGGCGUCCGAGCCCGCGGUCGCGGCGCCCCUGCCCCUGACCUCGAAGGCCGGGAGCUCGCCUUAUCAGCAAGUGCCUCACCACCACGGGGCGCCACCUCCGCCGCUGCCGCCGCCCGCCCACAGCAGCAGGUCGGUCUACGACUCGCGCGGCUUCGCGGGGGCGCUGCCCCAGUCGAAGCUGCCCCCGCCGCCCCUGCACGGCUCGCCGCCGACCGCGGCCUCGGCGCCAAUGCCUCUCUCCAGGGCGGGCGCCCACCCCGCCCACCACCCGGGCUCCCACCAGGCCCAGCAGCAGCAGGUCCACCACUCCCAGUGCGCGCCCGCCGCCGCCACCUUCCAGACCCAGCCGCUCGACCUCGGCGUGGAGAGGUCGGGCUCGCCCAAGAGGAAGGCCCCGACGCCCACCGACGCCGGGGGCCAGCCCGUUGCUCUGGAGGUCUGCAAGAGGCGCCGCACCGAGGAGCCCCAGCCGCUCUCGCUGCAGUGCGUGGGCCCGCCCAUGCUCUCCAGGGUCAGCGAGCCCAGUCCCCUCAUCGCCUCGGCCGCCACCUCCAUCACCACCGUGGUCAACACCGCCCUCCUGGUCGGCCAGCCUGGGCAGGCCCAGGACCGGCUCCUGGCCACCCCGGUUAGCCCCGCACCCCGCACCGCCAGCGGCGACGGCUCUCUCAGGCCCGCCUCCACCGGCAGCGUCGGCUCCGUCAACGCCAACCCCGCCGCCCCCAGUCCUGCUCCCGCGCCCGCUCCCAGUCCCGCUCCCUCCGUCGCCCCCAGCCCUGCUCCCAGCGCCCCCGGCACCCCCGCCAAGGCCAACUCCGCGGCUGCGGACAGCGAGAAGUCCAACAGCCCCGCUCCUAGGCCCCCCAGCACCACCAGCUAUCCCGUUCACAAGCUGAAGAAGGCCUGGCUCCAGAGGCACUCCGGGGAGGACGGCACCGAGGACACCACCGGCGUCGUCGGAAGCGGGUCCUGCGUCACCCUGCCCCUUAAUAUCGCCCAGGCGCCCUCGCAGCCCAUCGCCAAGGAGCGCGAGAACGCCACCGUGCCCAGCACCGUCAACUCCAUUCAUAAUAUCGGCAGCAUGGCCGUCAAUAGUAUUAUCAAGAGCAAGGUCACCGCGAAGAGCGGCAGGAAACCUGUGACCAAGGAGGCCCUCAAUGGGCAUGCGACCGAUAACAAAAGUCUCCAGGAGGACUCGUCCAGCAGCGACCCCGAGAGGAAGUCGCCGCCUAAGAGGAAACCGCCCAAGGUAAAACGAAAGAAGGGCGCCGCAAGAAGGCAGCAGAUCGCCACGGAAGAUCAUCGGCGGCGAAAGGAAGAUAAACAAGGUGGAGGCCCUGGUCCAGGCAGCGAAUCCAGCAACGAGAGCGAAGCUGGAUCGGCUAGCGACGCCAGCGAGCAAUUAGGCUCUGUCCAGCCUGCCUCGAGAGCUCGACAUUCCACCGCCAAUUCCAACAAUACCUCGGGAAACGGGAACAACAAAGAGCCCAGAAAACGAGGAAGAAGACCAAAAACCUCAAAGGGCAAUGAAGUAGGAAGCGAAGAUCAGCAACCACGGCAGAAAAAGGAACGCAGAGAAGAGAGCACCAGCGGAAGUGGCAGUGGUCCAGGUGGAGGAGGUGGAGGAUUCCUCCGGAAGCCUCCUAUCAGUCAGCUAAAAAAAACUGGAGAGAGCUGGUUACAGGAUGGUGCAUGCUUCGAAGUUGCUCCUAAGUUGGCCAAGUGUCGAGAGUGCAGAUGGACCCCGCACCAACGUUCCAAGAACCUGACUCAAAACAUCUUCUGCAGGUUUUAUGCCUUUCGCAGGCUGAGAUAUACCAAGAAUGGACAGCUGGCCAUUGCAGGAUUCAGCGACCCGCACAAAGACGCUUCUGAACACAGCGAUGCAACGUUGCAGGAAGAUCUAAGGCUAUGGCUACCAGGAAGGGAUAGUUCCGAGUGCAAGGACGAGAAAUCCGAUAAGAAUGAUAAGGACAGAUGCAACAGGGAAGAUCUUGACUUGGAAAUGGCUCACCGACUCUUACGUCAAGUUGGUGACCAGUUCUGCGAUUUGCUUCACCAGGAGAAAAACGCACUUCAAGAACACAUGGCUGAAGCGUCUUCGGGGGUUGUAGACGGAACCAUUGCGUGGAAACGAGUCGUCCAGGGUGUCCGGGAGAUGUGCGACGUCUGCGAGACAACCCUCUUCAAUUAUCACUGGGCCUGUGCAAAAUGCGGCUUCGUCGUGUGCAUCGACUGUUACAAGGGUCGCAAAAACGGAACGAUAAAGAUCUGGGGCGAGAGCGGAAAGGACAGGGACGACUUCUCGUGGCUUUUGUGCACGAAUCGACAAGCCCACGAGCCGGAGAGACUUAUGCUGACUCAAAUCAUAGCUGGUGAUAGCCUUCUCCGUCUGGGCCAGCGAUUACACGAAUGCCGCUCGGAGUGGGGGAUUCCCCAGCACUGCGCGUGUUCCCUGGCUACGCCAUCGGCAGCUAACGAGGUCCUACGUAACAUGAUAAAAGGCGACUCGAUAACGGUGCUCAACGGGAACGUGAAACUCGAGCCUAAAGACGAGAAGAAGGAGAGCGAGGCGAACGGAUCGUCCGAGACGAAGGCCAACGGCGAGGACAAGAACUCCCCGCUCAACUGGCUGGCGGAUGUGGCUCUGCAGAAUCAGGAGAAGAACGACAGUGGCUCCAGCUCGGACUCCGACGAGGACCGGGAUGGCAACUACUCGACCCUCAGGGAGCUUCUCAUCAGGCCUUCCCAUAAGUCCAACGGCAGCGGUUCCCGGUCGAAUUCCCCGACGAACGCGUCGGGCAACUCCAACGCCACCGGCGGGACCGCCACCCAGAACAACGUCACCAAGGGUGGCAAGAAGUCCAAGAUGGACACGCUGGACGAGGUGAUAUCCAGCGUUAUCGAGCACAGCGUCAAGAAGGAGAGAGAGAGUGGACUGGACGGGGACGAGAAACCUAGGGAGCUGAAGCACUUCGUCAGGAGGUACAAGUGGACGCAACGAGGGCGAGAACCACUUCCAAUCAGGAUCAUGACCCUGACGGAGAGCAAGAGUUUGUACCCUGAUGUGCCGCACUCCUGGCUGUGCGAUGGGAAGCUACUCAGGCUUAAUGACCCGAACAAUCCCAACAACUACAGGAUCUUCCAGGAUCAGUGGAAGCGGGGACAGCCGGUCAUCGUCUCCGAUGUCUCCAAGUCGCUUGAUAUGGAACUCUGGCAUCCGGACUCCUUCGCCAGGGACUUCGGCGAUGAGAAGAACGACCUUAUCAAUUGUAUGACCGGGAACCUCGUGCCCAACCAACCCAUGCGGAAAUUCUGGGAGGGAUUCGAGCACUUCUCGAAGAGGCUCAAGGACGAGCGGGGUAACCCGAUGUUGUUGAAGCUCAAGGACUGGCCUCCUGGCGACGACUUUGCCGAAUUGUUGCCGUCUAGGUUCGCGGACUUGAUGAAGGUUUUACCGCUGUCCGAGUACACCCAUCGUAAUGGUAGGUUGAACCUGGCGAGUCGCUUGCCGGACUGCUUUGUCAGGCCGGAUCUAGGGCCUAAGAUGUACAAUGCCUAUGGGUCGGCUCUCCAUCCUAACAAGGGUACGACCAAUCUCCAUCUUGAUAUUUCGGAUGCCGUCAACGUCAUGGUCUACGUCGGCAUCCCGAAGGACGGCGAUAACGACGAACAUGUUAAAGAAGCAUUGCGGGCGAUAGAUGAAGCAGGCUGUGAUAUCCUUACCCGUCGACGAGUUCGCGAACGCGGCGAGGCACCUGGGGCACUUUGGCACAUUUAUGCUGCCCGGGACGCCGACAAGAUCCGCGACCUCCUCAAUGCAGUCGCCCUGGAACGAGGUGCUCGCCUCGAGCCACAUCACGAUCCGAUUCACGAUCAGAGCUGUUAUCUCGACGGGCCGUUAAGGGAGCGACUCUAUCGCGAAUACGGCGUCGAAGGGUACGCGAUAGUGCAGUGCCUGGGAGACGCGGUGUUCGUCCCGGCAGGUGCGCCCCACCAGGUGCGCAACCUGCACAAUUGCAUCAAGGUAGCGGAGGACUUCGUCUCGCCGGAGAACGUCUCCCACUGUUUCCACCUGACGCAGGAGUUCCGCGCCCUGUCGGACACGCACACGAACCACGAGGACAAGCUCCAGAUCAAGAACAUCAUCUACCACGCGGUGAAGGACUCGCUGACGGUCCUGGCGAGCGCCAAGGACGAGACCCUCUCCAAGGCGAAGGCCAACAGCGAGGUCAAGGCCAAGGAGGAGACGUAGCGGUGGGCCCCUCGACGCGAUCGCAAGAUCUCCCGAUUAACGAUUGACUGAGUCUCGCCCCGUGGCCGAGGCGAGCACACGGAUACCUCAGGGUGGGCCUCUCGGUGCUCCCGGAUGACGUCCCGCGGGAGUCCUCGCGGAGACCACCCGGGAUAUGAGGGAUCGCUUCUGCGUACGACGCCGACCCGCGCCGGUGUUUGUUGUGAUAUUUGAAACGAGUAGCUCUCGAGAGAGUUUGCGUUUUCCUUUGUCCCCGAUUGGCUGAGCCAACGGGCUCUAGCUGUUGCGUCAUCCUUUGAGUUCCCUUGAUAUCUCUCCGCGGUCUUAGGUUUCUCCUCCGAUUAGAGAUGUGACCAGUCGGAUACUUUAACAACUCGAGUUACUCGAAUUCAAAAGCGUUGUUCACAUGCAUUCUACACGGCGAGGAGAGUCAAAUGACUCGAUUAACGGCGACUCGAGUCGGAGUGAAGUAACGAGUCUAGAUUACUUCAUCGACUCGAGUCACUCGACAUUGUCAAAUCGUGUCAGUGGCGAGGUGGAGAGGAAAACAAUUCCAAUGACUUUUACUCAAAUGGACACAAGGCGUGAUUUGUACUUCGGUACGAGUAACUCCCUCUCGCGCUUACCCUCGUAACUCGCAUUCAUUUGGACCUAUGACUCGAGUUGACUCGAAUACAUGCUUGACUCCAGUUUAACCAGUUAAAGUACUCGACUCGUCACAUAAUUAUUCCCCCCGAUUCUUACGCCUUUUUCUAUUUUUCCCCCCCCGCGAUGCACUUCGUCCCGAGGAUGGUCUCGCGGUAGGAGCCGGACAUGAAGUCUGCGCCGUGAUUUUGGUUUACCGAUCCGUGGACCCCGCGUCCAUUUACUAUUGUGAUACCAGGAUGGACUCUUCGGCUCAUGCGAUUCUUUGUAAUUAAUUAUAUCGUGCCUGUAUCCGAUACACACACACACACUGUCUGUACUAUGUAAAUGUAGAUAAUCGAUAUGCUAAUUGUAAACAAAUUCCUAAUGGCGGUUGCGAGGAUUGCGCGGGCAGGCUCGGUGGAGGAAUGAGGGUAGGCUUUUCUUUUUCUUUUUUUACCCCACGUUUUUUCUUUAGAGAGAUACCUUUGUGCAAUUAGGCUUCGGUGGGAAAAGGGAUAUAUCUUGGACGCGCUUUCCAUCGCGGAUGUCGAGUUUUCGUCGCGAUUCCUCCGCUUAGGGGAGUAGAGAUAGACCUGGGGGGAACUUUGGCUCGUUAGGCGUUUUUACGAUUUUUUAUGUAACCGUAGGCGAUUUUGCACGCGUACCACUGCCUCAUGGCCCGAUUGACGAGUGUCAUGGCGACGUUUCCGUCAAUCUGGGAGCUGUUUUUCCUACGGUCGAGGCUUUGCGUUUCAUUGCCGUGGGGAAUCCUUGUGCUCAAUGCGAAUUACCGCUUCUUUCGUUUACUUGUUUCCACGAUUUCUGCCCGUGACAUCUAUCCCGGGAAAACCGGCGUCUGUACGGACCACUUAUCUGUAUACUAACUGGAUAGUUGAUAUCUAUUUGCAGGGUUGAGUAAGUAAAAUACCCCAGGUAGUUUACGUCGUUCUUUGCGGUAAAUUACUAGGUAUUUUACUCUAGUUUAAUACGUCAUGUAAAUUACCUGAAUAUGGGUCUUUAUCUUUCUGGAUUUCCUGUUCCCGUUUCUAACGGUCAUAUGACCUGAUAUUCAUUGUUACGAAUGUAUGGAAAACUAGAAUGUCGAAGCCUAGAUCCUUUUUAAUGGUUUACUCCUACUUGCCAUUGUUCUUUAUUACUUAUUUCUUCUUGACGCGUCACUACCCAACCCUGCCCAUUUGUUCUAUACGGAGAGGACUUCGAUGAAUUUAAGGCACACUAGCGCCACUACAUAUGGGCAGC